AUGAAUAUUGAAGAUUUUGGAAAAGGGCCAUGGCCAUGUUUUAUCUGCAAUCGUUUCUUUUUCAGAAGACAUAUAUUUAGAAAUCACAUUCUUACUCACACAGGAGAAAAAGCAUUUCGCUGUGAAAUCUGUGACAAACCUUUCGGCCGAAAGUGUUAUCUUGUAGAACACAAACGAAUUCACACUGGCGAAAAACCUUUUCACUGUAGUGUGUGUGACAAAUAUUUUGGACACAGAAAAGGUUUACAAAUGCAUAUUCGUAUUCAUACUGGUGAAAAACCACAUGUCUGUCAUAUAUGUAAUAAAGCAUUUACCCAGUAUUCUGCACUGAAGGAUCAUUUCUUAACUCAUACAGGUGAAAAACCACAUUCAUGUACUAUAUGUAAAAAAUGUUUUACUACAAAAAGUAGUCUCAACAGACAUGUUCUUACUCAUUCAUCUGAAAAACAUCAUAUUUGUGAUUUAUGUAAUAGGUCUUUCUCUUCUCCAAGUGGUAUACGAAGGCAUUAUCUUAGUCACACAGGUGAAAAACCAUACGCAUGUGAUAUUUGUGGUAAGGCAUUUGUUGAUAAAAAUCGACUGACAGCACAUCAAGUGACACAUACCGAUGAAAAACCAUUUAAGUGUGAGGAAUGUGGUAGAGCCUUUUCUUCAAAACUUCAUGUAAGGCGACACAAAAUUGUACAUACACCAUCAAGACAACACGUUUGUCAUUUGUGUGGGAAAUCAUAUUCUCGUAAAGUUGGCUUACAGUCUCAUGCUAAUACACAUAAAGAUAAGAAACCAUAUCCUUGUACUUUUUGCAGUAGAAGUUUUUUACAUAAAAAAAGUCUCUCUAGGCAUUCUAUUUCUCAUACACAGGAAAAUACAACUGAAAAAAAUUAA